CGUAAAUAGAUAAUUAAUUAGAUAACUAGAAUUUGAAACAUUAGAAUCCUAUUAAAACACUAUAUCUUCUUCUAUUUGAGUUUUAUCGAACUCUUUGUAUAAAUUUACUCUUUACACCAUUGAAGGGUUUCAUCGUUCAUGAGAGAGUAGGGGACAUGAUAUCAUCGAGGAGAGGACAAAAACAGCUUGUUUUUUGACCCAUCAGCAGUAAAUCCACCGCCCUUUCUUUAAAUUUUAGUAAUUACCCAAUUCGUAAUUCGAGUGGAAAAAUCAAAAACCCAAAGAUUCUUGAAAAUCAUAGAGUGAGACAAACGGCAACAGGGGUUAAGUAAACGAUAAAAAAGCAAGUUUCUUAUAGGGAAGAACACACGGUCGCCAUUGGAAGACUGCAAAUCCGACGAAGUUUUAAUAAUUUAUAUCGAAAUUCUGAUUUGAUGUGGUGAAUUGAAUAUUGAAGAAAGUCAGGAGGAAGAUCGGCUGAACUUUAGGCUUUUUUUAUCAGUUUGAUUUGAUGAUCUCAAGAAUUUCAUUGUCUUCAACUUUUCGUUGAUCGUUUCGAAGAAGUUCCCAAUUUCAAGAACAGAGAUCUACCAGGUGCUGUCAAUUGUCAAAUUCCUGUGUGUCUCUCUUUAAUUUAAUUUAAGAAUUAAGAUCUUCGUGACUGCCGGCUGUCCCAUGUGCCUAAUGAUGUCCGCUUCUUUUUAUGUUAUAAUAUACUUUUUAGAUCCCUGUACCCAGGUUCAAUUAUUGACUUUUGCUCUGUUUUCUACGUUUCGAAUUUCAAAUUCAAAGGUUUCGGUUUCUGAUCUUUGUAAUUUGAAUCCAAUUUCAUAUAUGCGUAUUCGAUCUUUCUCGCCCAAACUUAUAAUCACAAAACAAAGAAGAAUGUUAUUGAUUGGGACACCCCUCCAUCAUCUUUCCUGAGCCAGAUGUUUCUUGCACGCAAAGUGUUUGUUCAUAUGCCAACGCGAUUCUUUGUGCCUGUCUUCAUCUAUUGAUUUUUAGCAUCCAUUCGAGAAUUACUUGCAACCAAAUUGUUUCUUGUUCUUGAGUUGUAAAUAGUGAAUCAGAUUGAUGUACAAUGCAGAGGUCACGUAAAGCUCUUCUUUCAAGAAGAGCUUUGGGAAAAUCUACUUUUGGGAAAAAUAACUUUUAUAAGGUUUCAUUGUCUCUUGCUGUCUUUCUUUGGGGGCUUUUGUUCCUGUUAAAUUUAUGGAUCGGCCAUGGUGAUGGUUAUAGAGAUAAUCCUGAAGAUCUUCCAAAUGAUUUAACAACAUGGGAUGAAUUCAACCAAGAAUCAAAUAACUCAUCUUAUUGUUCAUUAUCAUCAAACGAAUGUCAAUCCACAGGUCUCGAUUCAGAAACCCUAAUCGAAAGUGAUCAAAAGGAGGAAAUUAUCAGUCAAGAUCCUGAAUUUGACCAAAAAGAAUCAAACCCUUUACCAAAAAACCCUUCUAAACCUGAAAAAACAAGAUCAGUCCCUUUAGGACUCGAUGAAUUCAAGAACAAAGCUUUCAACACAAAAACACGCCCUUCAAAUGGAAAUUCAGUAAGCAUAAUCCACAGAUUAGAACCAGGUGGAGCAGAUUACAACUAUGCAUCUGCUUCAAAAGGUGCAAAAGUUUUAUCAAGUAAUAAAGAAGCAAAAGGGGCUUCAGGAAUUUUAACAAUAGAUAAAGAUAAGUACCUUAGAAACCCAUGUUCAAGUGAAGAAAAAUUUGUAGUUCUUGAACUUUCUGAAGAAACCCUAGUUGACACAAUCAAGAUUGCUAAUUUUGAACACCAUUCAUCGAAUCUUAAAGAGUUUGAGAUUCUUGGGAGUUUGGUUUACCCUACUGAAACAUGGGUAAAGCUUGGAAAUUUCACAGCUGGAAAUGUGAAACAUGAACAAAGAUUCUUUCUUAAAGAGCCAAAAUGGGUGAGAUAUAUAAAGUUGAAUCUUUUAAGUCAUUAUGGAACUGGGUUUUAUUGUACUUUGAGUUUUGUGCAAGUUUAUGGGGUUGAUGCUGUUGAAAUGAUGCUUGAGGAUUUGGUUAAUGUUCAAGAUAAUAAAAAGUUUGUGAAUAAAGAAGUUGAAAGUGAUUUGAAAAGGGAGGAUAAUGAUAAGGAUAAUGAUUUGUUUGAUGGAAAUAGAAUGGAAGAUGAGGAGUUUUUGGAGGAGGGUAAAAAUGGAAUUCGGGCAGUUAAGACAGUUGAUGUGCCUGACCCUCUUGCGGAAGUAAGGCAACAACAAGCGGGCAGGCUGCCCGGGGAUAGUGUCAUCAAGAUUUUGAUGCAAAAAGUUCGGCUUUUGGACAUAAAUUUAUCGGUUUUGGAGAGAUAUCUUGAUGAAUUGAACAAUAAAUAUGGACAUAUUUUUAAAGAAAUUGAUGAAGAAAUUGGAGAGAGAGAUGUGAUUAUGGAGGGAAUAAGAACCGAUUUGAAGAGUUUUCAUGAGAGCAAGGAGGCCUUGAGUAAACAGGUUGAUGAUUUAGUUUCAUGGAAAACACUCGUAUCACUUCAACUGGAUGACAUCACAAAGACCAAUGCUUUCCUCAGGGCUGAGGUGGCAAAGGUGAGGGAGAAUCAAAUAAUAAAGAGAAUUAAAAAAAAUCGUCGUAUUCCUCCCGGCCACACCACCGACAUUUCCUUUGACGGCGCCAAACCACCGAUGAGCAGCAACCUUCCCCUUUGGUCUCCGCCACCGCCACCGACAAUAACAACGCUAGAUCCGACCAUCGACAAUGGCCUUCAACUUCUUCAUAUCAGGUCUGUAAACUAUAAUUGA